AUGCCUAAAUCUGAAGUACACAUGAGUGUCUGUCAACAUGAGCAGGUAGGAAAUCAAGAGCCUCCAAAAGUUAAAAAGGGAAGUAAGAAGACGAAGAGAAGGGGAAAAGUAUCGAAAAGACGUGCUCAGAAGACCACGAAGCAAGUAGUGGAUAUACUUUCUCCGGCGGCAAUGGAGAAUCUACAGUAUAUCGCACACAAUGCACCGGCAGCCCUAAGUUUUCGAGGGUUUCCGUGGAAAGGAAAAAAGUUGCUGACGUGCCCGUACGGUCAACUGAUAAAGUCUUUUGUGGAUUGGUCAGACGACAUUCGUGUUGGGAUGACUAGAGUGACCGAAACACUAAUGGACGUGAUUUGUGCCAGCGAAUCGUUCGUGCAAGAUAUUCGCCUCAAAGGCGAUUCAGUUGCAAAGGAUGGAGACCAUGGAAAUUUGUUCCAUAGCGAAGAUUUCCACCACUAUCCCCGACCGAAACGCAUCACAACGUUUGGAUAUCUAAACCCCACUGACGUAACCACCAAAGAAAGUUCUGUUCGACUCUAUAAAAAAAUCCAUCUAUUGUCCCCCAAUGCGACUACAAACCAAAGCACAAAACGUCGUGAAUCCGGCGGACCCGGAUAG